AUGCCAGUGAUAACUCUGCAAUUAGGACAGUGUGGCAAUCAGCUUGGGUGCAGCUUUUUUAGUACCCUUGCCGGAGAACUCUCUGCGAAUGAUUACGGAUUCGAUGCCGUCAACGAGUACUACAGGGCUGGGCCCGAUACAGCCGGCCUUUACACCGCGAGGUCGGUGCUCAUCGACAUGGAGCCCAAGGUUGUUGCUGGUGCGCGUGCCAGCGCCGCCGCCUCUGGCAGCUGGUGGCGCUACUCCUCCUCGGGUUACCUGGUCAUGCAGAGUGGAUCGGGAAACAACUGGGCGCAAGGAUUCCACGGGUACGGUCCACGUGUUCACGAGGCGGCCUUGGAGCUGGUACGGCGGGAGGUGGAAGCUGCCGACAGCCUAACGGGCUUCCUGCUGCUCCAAAGCAUGGCGGGCGGCACUGGCGCCGGUCUGGGCACCUACGUCGCGCAGGCGCUAAGGGACGAGUACCACUCGGCAUUCAUCACCAAUUGCUGCGUGUGGCCGUAUGAGAGCGGCGAGGUUAUCGUACAGCCGUACAACACGUUGUUCACUCUGAGUCACCUGUCGGACCUCUCAGACGGGAUUGUGUUGUUGGAGAACGAAGCUCUUCACCUCACAUGCGCCCGGCUGAUGGGGAUACCCCGGCCUUCUUUUGCGGACAUGAACGGCAUUGCAGCACGUGCCAUGGCUUCAGUGCUGCUGCCGUCACGGCUGCGGGGGCCUACGAACUCCAGUACGACAUCCCCGUUGGCGGAUCUGGUCACGCAGCUGUGCCCCCACCCCGCCUACCGCAUGUUGACGCUGAGGGCCAUUCCGCAGCUCCCACCCGCCAGCAUAGACUUCACCACCUUCACCUGGCCAGCCAUCCUGAAGCGCCUCAGGCAGAUGCUGGUGACGGGUAGUGUCUUGGAGGAGGGUAUGGACUGGAGCAUCAACCCCCACAGUCCCGCGGGUGCCCGGGGGACCGGGGCCACCUGCGGCAGCAGCCCCCGCGUCAACAGGGCGGUGGCAAAUUGGCUGGUGCUCCGGGGCCAGGGGGCAGGCGACGUGGACGUGGGGGAGUUUGCGGACCCCGCAUUGACCUCUGCCUGGACGGUCGACCCGCUCUCAGUGUCGUACAAUCCGGCCAAGUUUGGUCGCUGCCUCAUGUCUGCCUCCUUGCUGAGCAAUGAUCGGCGCUGCGUGGGCCCCAUUGAGCGUAUGCAGGAGUGCGCGUACGGCAUGUUGGCGUCGCGAGCGUUCGUACACCAGUACGAGGCGUACGGCAUGAGCAUCUCCGACUUUACGGCAUGCUUUGCCCGCAUUGAGGACAUUGCACAGCGCUACGUGAGGCUUUAG